AUGGACGAAAGCCCGGCAAACUACUUGAGCUGGGGUGCGGAUGGCCGCUUCAUCAUCCAACGUGGGCCCGACGAUCAAGAGCAGCAACGAGAGGAACUCGGCAUGGCUUCGUCCGAGCAGCGACAGGACGAAAGGUCGACCGAACGCGCUCAGCCUCAGGAAGCGAGAGGAAGGCCUCGAGAGCAAGAUGAAUCGCCAUCCAGCCCUGAUCGACCGCAUCAACGUCAGAGACAGUCGCCGGGACAAGCACGCGCGCCCGAAGACUCCAUCGACCGCAUUGAGCCUCGACACCGACGCUUGAUUCCGAUCGCCCAACAGAUGCUUCGUCAAUUUCUGCUCGAGCGCCACUGGCCUGACGUGGCAUGCGAGGACUGCAUGACGAGGAACAUUCCGUGCGUAAAGCCCAAGGCCAACAGCACCUACGAGAAGUGCAAGAAUUGUUCGGACAGAGGCGUACGUUGCACCCUCAAGUGGAUACUGGAUCGUCGCUCGGUCAGCAAGAUCUCCGACCUUACUCGAAGCGGAGCCAUGUCGAGAGAAGAGGCAGAACGCAUCGUUUACGGUCCAACUGGACAGCUAGGAGGACGCUGGGAUCGCUGCAAGACCUAUCCACCUAUGCCAGCAGAGCAGCCCCUACCGUACGAUCCCUUGCAGCCAGUCCGCAGCAAUUCUCACAUCCCUUUGAUGGCAGGUCCUCGAACUAGGUCUUCACACCGCUCUCCUUCCGAUCUCAUUGCUUGGCCUCAGAGCAGCGACAAUAUCACCCAAGCCGUCGUUGCGGCCAUGCGAAGGAUGGUCGAUCGGUAUCACGCGAUGCAACCAGGCGCAAGUGAUAGCCAAGUAGCUCGGCUGCAUGAUAGGCUGGCGCAAGAUGUAUGGGAAGCGAUGAGUCUUCCAGGCAGGUGGAAUGACCCCCUGCUGUAG